AUGGCUCUGACAAGAGAUACUCUGCUAGGGAUUUGGGCGAUCGACAUUGCUGAUGAAUUUCCCAGCUGUGAAGUUAUCGGCUGUGAUCUCAGUCCCAUUCAGCCCACAUGGGUUCCACCGAACUGCCGGUUCUAUGUAGAUGACGUUGAGAGUGAUUGGUCCUAUCAGCCCGGGGAAGAAUUCGAUUAUAUUCACGGGCGCGCAAUGGGUGGCAGUAUAUCCAACUGGGAUCAGCUAUAUCACCAAGUUUUUUACAAUUUGAAGCCAGGAGGAUGGGUUGAGAUGCAGGAGUAUGAAACAGCCGUCUAUUCUGAAGACAACUCCCUGGACAACGCGCCGUUGAUCAAGAAAUUCCAGCAAGUGGGGGAUGAAGCCAGCGCGAGGUUUGGGAAGCGACUCAAUGUGGCAACAUCGUAUAAACAACAACUGAUCGAUGCCGGGUUUAUCAACGUCCAAGAUGACGUAUACAAGGUUCCCAUCGGGACAUGGCCCAAAGACCCGAAAAUGAAACAAUUAGGGCGAUAUCAGUUAACCCAAGUUCUUGCCGCCCUUGAGCCAUUCAUGAUGGCUCUGUAUACCAGAGUCAUGGACUAUACUGUGCAAGAAACCGAAGUGCUAAUGGCUGGACUCCGUGCUGAGUUCAAGAACCCGAACAAUCAUCUCUAUACCAAGUUCCACUUUGUCUACGGCCAAAGGCCCCAGAGCUCGUAG